AUGAGUGAUAUCAAACCACCAGAGAAAAUUCUAUUUCCACCUGAAAAAAUCUAUCUGAAAUGGAGGAACAUGUGGGCCAUUGAAGCAGGCCUUAGAAAUUUGGGCAACACAUGCUACAUGAAAUCAGUUCUGCAGUGCUUAACAUAUACAGCUCCGCUGGCAAAUUAUCUGCUUACCCGUGAGCAUUCUAAGACAUGUGCACAAAGAGGAUUCUGCAUGAUGUGUGUAAUGCAGAACCAUAUAACUGAAGUCCUUGGUCAUCCUGAAAGAGUUAUCAAGCCACUUGCUGUCUACUAUGGACUUCAUAACAUAGCUGGGCAUUUCAUACAGGGACGCCAAGAAGAUGCCCAUGAAUUCUUGCGUUAUGCCAUUGAUGCACUGCAACAGGCUUGUCUGAGAGACUAUGACAGCCUAGACAUAAACACAAAAGGCACAUCCUUAAUCCAUCAGAUUUUCGGAGGAUACCUGCGUUCUCAAGUGAAGUGUCUCAAUUGUUCCGGUGAAUCUAACACCUUUGACCAGUUUAUGGAUUUACAGUUGGACAUUAAGAAUUCAAAAAGUAUUAUCGAGGCCUUAAAGGAAUAUGUAAAGCCAGAAGUACUUGAACUUUGCUAUAAAUGCAGCAAGUGA